AUGGGGUUUGCUACAGUAAAGAUCAUAGUAGAACAAGUAUGUAACGCAAUUUGGAAGAAUUUGGUCCCUAUUGUAAUGCCCCAGCCUACAGAACAAAUGUGGAGAAAGAUUGCGAAAGGAUUCGAAAAUGUAUGGCAUUUUCCGAAUUGUAUUGGAGCAUUGGAUGGAAAACAUAUUUCUAUAAUAUGUCCAAUAAAUGCAGGAUCCACUUUUUAUAAUUAUAAAAAUGAGCAUUCUAUUGUACUGCUUGCACUUGUUGAUGCGCAUUAUAGAUUUAUUAUGGUAGAUGUAGGAGCGUAUGGCCGAAAUAGUGAUGGUGGCAUUUACCAAGAGUCGUUAAUGGGAAAAAUGUUUGAAAGCAGUCAAUUAAAUGUGCCACCGAAUAAACCUAUAAACCAAAAUACAGAACCUUUACCCUACACUAUUGUGGCAGACGCGGCAUUCCCACUGAAAACGUAUUUAUUAAAACCGUAUAGUAAAGCUAAAUUAGUUAACAAUAACCCAAAUAAAAUAUUUAAUUAUCGCUUAUCACGUGCUCGCCGUACUGUAGAAAAUGCAUUUGGAAUAUUACGAGCUAGAUUUAGAGUGUUUCAGGGACCUUUACAAGUACAACCAAACAUGGCGGACAAGAUCGUACUUGCUGCCUGCUGCCUUCAUAACUUUUUGACCCAAGACACACAGGAAACACAAGAAACUUUGAUGGAUGAAAGCGAGGUGAGCGACGGUAAUGGCUUAGUAGACAUCGAACCGUUAAAUAGAAAUCCAUCUCAAGAAGCUAUUCAAGUUCGUGAAGCAUAUAAAACAUAUUUUGUAAGUCCCCAGGGACAAGUUCCAUGGCAAAUGCAAGCUAUUACACAAGGUAGAACACGGUUUAAUUAA